AUGAAGCUUCAGUGGUUCGUCAGCGCGGCAUCUCUUGCGGCGGUGUCGGCAGCUCCAGAGGCUGCCAAGGCUCCUAAGCCACACGUCCUUUUCCUCCUCGCUGACGAUUUGGGUUGGGCCAACAUUGGCUUCCACCGCACCACCGCCAAGACAGAGGAUGAGAAGCAAGGACAGUUGGAGGUUCAAACUCCAACCAUCAAUCAAUUGGUGAAGGAGGGUAUCCAGUUGGAUCGCCACUAUUCCUACCGCAUUUGUGGCCCGGCCCGUUCUGCCCUGCUCAGUGGCCGCUUGGCUCCCCACGUCUUGGUGAAGAACGUGGCGGUCACGGCCUCGAACCCCGAUGAUCCCAUCAGCGGCUACGCCGGCAUCCCGCGCAACAUGACGGGCAUGGGCGAAAAGGUGCGCAGAGGGGGCUACAGGACGCACUACACCGGGAAAUGGGAUGCUGGGAUGGCCACUCCUCAGCAUACACCGUAUGGAAGAGGCUUUGAGACCAGCUUCAUGUACUACCAACAUGCCAAUGACUAUUGGAACAAAAAGACUGGAAUCCAAGCCACAGGUGAAAUCACCACUUGCCUCAAUGCCUUCUAUGACCUGAUGGUUGAGAAUCACAGCUAUCGAGGACCUUACAAGGGACCAGCACUGACAGAUGCCUGCAAAAGCAGCAAUGAGCCAACGCCCUACUGCUAUGAGGAGAAGAUGUUUGAGGACCAUUCGUUGGAGAUCAUCCGCAACCACGACACAUCGGAUGUGGAGCAUCCUCUCUUCUUGUUCCAUGCGUUCCACCUGUUGCACACCCCAUUGCAGGUGCCAAAGUACUACUAUGAGCAGAUCGAGAAGGAUGUGAUUCAACAGGGUGGCAAGGCCUUUGACUCCGAGAAUCGUCGAUUGCUGAUGGCCAUGACCAAAUAUAUGGAUGACACCAUUAAGAACCUGACAGAAGCUUUCAAGGCCAAGGGCAUGUGGAACAACACCCUGGUGGUGUUCACCACAGACAAUGGAGGUCCUAUCUAUGAGCCCGGAUCUGCCAACAACUAUCCAUUGAGGGGUGGCAAAUACUCAGAUUUUGAGGGUGGUGUGCGAACUAGCACUUUCAUGUCCGGUGGAUACAUCCCCAAGGAGAGGCAAGGCUAUGUCCACAAGGGCGUUGUUUCGGUGGCGGAUUGGUACACCAUUUUCUCUGAGCUGGCAGGGGUGGAUGAACAUGACGACAAAUCAGAGGAGGCCAACAAGUGGUUGGCCAAGCAGGGUCUGUCCUUGCUAUCCCCAGUGGAUGGAAAGAAAGGUCAAUUGGAGGCCAUCUUUGGCGCCAAAGCCGGGCCGCGGGACAGUGAGCCAUUGUUCCUGUCUGGAAGUGCUCUGUUGGAAUAUCCAUACAAGUUGGUGACUGGGAAGCAACCUUACAUGGCUCACACGGGGCCCUUGUACCCCAACUGCAGCACGGUUGCGUCCAUGAAAGGUGGCCAUGGACCUGAUUUCAUUGAUUUUUCUGUGUUGGAAGAGAAGGUUGACUUGGGAGACAGCUUCUACUGGAGAGGAGAUUGUGCUGCAGGCUGCUUGUUCAAUGUUGAGGACGAUCCUGCAGAAUCCGUGGAUCUUUCUCAUGACCCAGCACAAAAGGAACGGUUGAGUCGCAUGAUCAGCAGCCUGUCAACGUUCAACAAGACCUUGUUUGUGCCAGAGAGGGGUGAGACCCACGUCCAAGCGUGCUACAACGCCAUGCUGAAUGGUGGUGGUCACUUUGGCCCCUUUGUAGACAUUCAGGGCUACUACACGGAUAAGCCCAGGGUCAUUGAGGAUUUGAGUGCUCAUGAAAAGGCUCAGAUGGCAUUGAUGGGAGCUCUCACCUUUGACUCUGUGAAGAAGACGAUCCAAAAAUAUGCUCCAACACUGGUUCUGAAAUUGUUGGAGAAGUCUUGUGACAAGUGCUGCACAGAAGAGUCUUGUAAUGGAGGGACGAAUUUGAAUCUUCCAGAAGCUUUGGACCUUGUCCAAAACCUCACCAAGUCUCACCAGGCUCACCAGGUGGCAUAUAUUUAA